AUGACACCGNAUGUGACUGACCCUAUUAUCAAACUAGUUUUGAAGGAGGACCAAGAACUCCCGAAAGCCCAAGGUGUGAUUAUCCACACAUUUGAAGAGCUAGAAGGAACAUUGUUGUCUCACAUGCGCAGUCUAUGUCCAAACCUCUACGCCAUUGGUCCUCUACACACCCAUCACAAGGUUAGACUUGGGUCUUCAAAGGCUACGUUUUCGAACAGCUUAUGGAAAGAAGACAAGAGUUGCUUGGCCUGGCUCGAUGCACAGCCAAUAAAAUCUGUGAUCUUUGUGAGCAUUGGAAGUCUUGCUGUGAUGACCAAAGACCAGUUACUGGAGUUUUGGUAUGGUUUAGUCAAUAGUGGCAAGCGGUUCUUGUGGGUCAGACGGCCUGGUUCCAUCGCCGGGGACUGUACUGAAAGUCAGAUUCCGGCUGAACUCUUAGAAGGAACAAGGAAAAGAGGAUGUAUUGUGGGUUGGGCUCCACAGGAAGAGGUGAACAGUAGGCUUGUGGGGGAGGUUUGGAAGCUUGGGUUGGACAUGAAAGAUACUUGUGAUAGGGUUAUUGUGGAGAAGAUGAUCAAAGAACUCCUGGAGGAGAGGAAGGAUGAGUUCAUGGGUAGGGCUGAUCAGAUGUCAAAAUUAGCAAGAAAGAGUGUUAGCGAAGGUGGGUCUUCAUACUGUAAUUUGGACCGUCUGAUUGAGGACAUUAGAGUAAUGAGUUCGCCAGCUUCACAGGCCUAA